AUGCCCGCCGGUAAGACCAGGAAAAGGAUUCGCAACAGGCUCUUCGCGCCGUGCCGGUCGCGGCAUGAGGGAGCCCUCAACGGCAGCGCCGGCCUCAACCCGCCGGCCCGGAGCGUCACCACCCGCACCACUCCGGACCGCGCCGUCUCCCCUAUUCCUCCCUCAUCGCACGGCGGCGGCGGGCACGCGCUGCACCAGGGCGCGGCGGGGAUGAGGUCGCGCACGUCGAUCUACACUGAUGCGGCGCUGACGCCCUCUUACCGCUCGCACCCGCAGCUCGCGUCCAUCAACGUGCCGGAGAACGGGCUGGCGAGGGGCACGCUGAAGGUGCGCAACCCGACCGCCUCGCUCGCCUCGGGCGCGUCGUCAGCCUACUCGGUGCAGAGCUGCUGCUCGCCGCAGCUGUCGACCAUCACCGAGUCGAAUAAAGGGCGGAAAACCGGGACGAAGGCGUCAUCCAGCAGCGCCACGUCGCACUACUCCUCCCAAUAUCAGGAUCAUCAGCCGUCAGACGCUGCCCCGCGUCUGGAAGAACCGAAGGAAUCCGCGCGAUCAGAAGAGCUGCCGGAAGAAGGGAACGUGGAACAAUCAGAGGCCAUUGCCGACGCGCAUACUCCGGAGCGGAUCCCAGCAGCCGACAACACCAACACCAACAACAACAACACCCUCACACCAGACUGGCGGCGGCGCAAUGACUCGCAUUCUUCUCUGCUCAAAUCACGUGCCGAGUUCUGCCGGCAGCCCGUCGACUCGCCCUUCGCGGGCGCCUUUCCGGAAGACAUAGCGGCGACGGCGUACGCGCUGAUUGCCGCCUCCGAGUCGGUCCAGGAGCUGAGGGAUGCGCUGGAAUGGGCCGACAACGGCUCCUAUUGCAGCGAGAAGCAUGAUUACCGCCGUGACGGGGAGGACGUCGAGGUCGACCGGGCGAUGGACUGCGAUCCAGCACAGCCGAUGUCCGAGACAGCAGCAGCAGAACCUCUCACCGCUUCCACCGAUGCCGCCGCCACUGCUAAAGAUGCGGAUGCCGAAAGCGUCAAGGCCGAGCCGGAACCGCCAAUCAGCGUGGAUGGUUCCGUGUCCGUGUACUCGCAGACGUUGGAGCAGGGGCAGGAUCAGCCGCGCGAUGCCAUCAUCUCCACCACCGUUGGUGAACUGUUCGCACCGACAGGUGGUGACGCGGCGGCGGUGCCCAGCGGUGUCGAGGAGAGAGGAGAAGCGGAAGUCCCGGCCGUCGAGCAGCCGGCCACCGAGCCUCCGGCCCCGACCUUCUUCGCCGAGUUGACGUUUAGGCCGGCGCCGCUCAGGCCGCUGAAGCGGUCUGAGACGCCUGUUGAGGAUGAGGACGAGGGCGCGGACCCGGAUGUUGCAAUGUUGGAGGUUGAGGAUGAGGUCCUGGCUCCUGUUGAGACUGAGGAUGAGGUCCUGGCUACUAUUGAGACUGAGGAUGAGAUCUUGGCCCCCGUUGAGGCUGAGGUUCACGAUAUCAGCGCUCAGGAGACUUCUCAAAAGGAAACUGCUCAGCUUGAGGAACGGCCAAAGUCGUCACUGACCAACGAUGAUCGGAUCACGGGCCCAGUAGAUCCGGCAUCGUCUGGUCCGGAAGAGAUUGAGAUGGAGCAAGCACCCGCUCAGGAUCAGGAUCAUGAUGUUGAAGUUGUGGAAUCGGUGGAGACGGAGCUUUUGAUGCCAGAGGAUCGUCCAAAGACUUCUGGGAGUCGUGCGGUUUCUCUUCCAGACCCUGACUUCCUCAUCGCCUUCCCAACAGCUGAGCCUCGUGCUGAGUCUCCGGUUGUCGAUGGUCAAGACUCUGCUACUUUCACGCAGUCCGCACCGCCACCGGCAGUUGAUGAGGUUGUUGAUGCGCGGCCGCAUACGCCAGAUCAUGCCAUUCGCGAACCCGCGUCUCCGGACGUGGAAAUGAUCUCGCAGCCUCCGGACGAUGUAAGAUCUCUAGGUGACCACCAACAAAGCUCUCCGGAUGACGGAAGAAGUCCUCCUCUCGACGGUAGGGACGCUCCGACCGAAGGAAGCUCUCCGAACGAUGAUACGAACCCUCCAUCUGACACGCGCGUUCCAGAUGAAAGCAUCAAAAGCGGCCCGUCAGAAGACGAGGAAAACAACAACUACGACGACGAAUGCUACUACCCGGACGACGACGGCAGCAGCAGCAGGGACUCGGAGUACUCGUCCUCCCUUAACGGACAGACGCUCGUCGAAGAACACAGCAACGGCAAAGAAGUCGGCAUCUUUCCUCCAACGGAUGCCGCCCUGGCAGAAGCGCGCCCUGAUGGUGCGGAAGCGGCAGAGGCUGCUGCUGAAGAGCAAGUUGGCCAGCCUCGUUCUCCAGCGGCUUCUCCUCAGCAUUCAGCCGCCCAAGCAGACGGCCUACCAACUCCAGCCUAUGACCAGCUGGAGGAAUGUCCACCUCCAGCAAUAAAGGUCCAGGCCGUGGCGCCCCCGACCCCGGAAACCCCACCACAACCUACCUACCUUGACGAAGAGGAUAUUCCUGACACUACUAACAACACCCCUUUCCCCGCUUUCUUCGCCUCCAAGACCUACAGCACCUGGUCAUCCCGCGGCGGCCUCCUGCGCAUCACCGGCGCGCCGGGCGCGGGCAAGUCGACGCUGAUGGCCAACCUGGUGGAGCACUUUGAGGAGACGAUGAUGAUGACGGCUGCCAACGCCGCCGAUGACGUUGAUGGUCGCCCGCGCAGCAGCAACGGGACCAUCGUCUCGUACACAUUCCACGCCGCCGAGCCCGUCAUGGUGGACCCGGGCCAGCACGCCCGCGGAAAGCCCGUCUCCGGCCUCCUGCACGCGCUGGGCCAUCAACUCGCCCAGCAGGAGCAGCAGCAGCAGGACAAGAACGACUACUUCCUCCACACCGCCAACGACGCUCCAUCGGAGCUCGCAACGCUCUACGCGGCUGACGGCGACGAGCAGCAGCAACACUCGUCGAGCAGCAGCAGGUGGGAUCUGUCGGAGAUGGAGCUGCAGGAAGUGUUGCUCAAGCAUGCGCGGACGAGGUAUUGCGGAGGAGCGGCACCGGGGAAGAUGCGGGGGCGGCGGCUGUGGGUCUUUGUGGACGCGGUGGACGAGGUUGGAGAUGAGGAGGCGGUGAGCGACCUGCUGGACUUCUUCGCGAAGCUGGCGGCGGUCCCGGCGGUGGGAGUGUGCGUGUCGGCGAAGGAGGAUGUAGGAAAGAAGGUGUUCGGACGGUGCGGCGACGACAACGAUCUGCAGGUGCGCGUCGAGGACUUCAACGCGGAUGACAUUGCGGACUAUGUUCGCAGCGAGCUGGCCUUCACACUGAAUCACUUCAACGAAAGAGAUCUGGAAGCCGUGAGCCAAGUCAUUGAGAAGAGAUCGAGAAAUGUCUUCCUCUGGGCCAUUCUGGCCGUCGACAUGAUCCAACGGGACUGCAGAGGCCGCACACGCAAGCAGAUCCGCGAGGCAGUGGAGCGGCUCCCCUUCAACCUGGACGAGAUCUACCUCGAGCGCAUCCUGAACAUCCCGGCCGAAGAUCGCGAGCCAUGUCUCCGCCUUUUCCAGUGGGUCUGCUUUGCCACGCGGCCACUGACGCUGCGCGAGCUCCGCGUUGCCCUCGUGCUACGCCCGGAGACCAAGAGCCUGGCCGACGUCUACGCCGCGCCUGACUACAUCGCCAGCGACGCUGACAUCGCAGACGUCCUCCACCACCUCAGCCGCGGUCUCCUCCACGUGCCGGCCUUCGACGUCCACUCGGCUCCCAUCGCCGCACCCGUCCACGCCUCUGCAAAGGACUUCCUCGUCUCCCGCAACGGCUUGGAUAUCCUCGCCGCUGGGAAGGCAUCCACUCCCACACGCACUACGACCGACCUCUUCCUCUCCCGCCGACUGCUCCACUUCCUCUCCUUCCCGGAGUACCAUGAUACGUCGAGGGACCCGGCGACGCUUCCCCUCGCCUCCUAUGCCACCUACUCCUGGCACCUCCACGCCGAGUCGGCCGAGCACCACGGCGCCAACCAGGCCGACUUGCUCGACCUGCUCCACGCAGCGCCGACAUUCCCGCGCUGGUGGUGGUGCCACGCCACCAUCCUGUCGUCGCCCUCGUUCUCGCACCCCAACCAGCCGCCGCUGGACGUCAUGGACGACCGCCUGGCCGAGCUGCUCUACAUCCAGCACCGGCGCGCCGACCUGACCAUCUUCGACCUGGCCGCGGCGUGCGGCCUCUGCAGCACCAUCGGCGCCGCCCUGACCGCCAUCGCCGAGACGCUCUCGCCCACCUCGUCGACCAGCGGCGGCCUCGACGACGUCGGUGGUGCCUCAUCUGAGCGCACCCUCCUCCACUGGGCCGCCUUCUCGGGCAACGAGGCCAUGGUCGACUUCUUCCUGCGCCGCCCCGACGUGCGCACCGCCGCCGUCGACCGCCGCGGGCAGACGGCCCUGCACAUCGCCGUCAUCCAGGGCCACGCCCGCAUCGUGCGCACCCUCGUCGCCGCCAUGCCCCCGGACGUCAUCGACCGCCGCGACGAGGACGGCCGCGCCGCCCUGCACUACGCCACGCUGCUGCAGGACAAGGCCGUCAUCGAGGCACUCCUCGACUCUUCGUCCUGCGGCAACCGCGCCGACGUCAACGUGCGCGACGCAUCCGGCGCGACGCCCCUCUUCGCCCCCUGCAAGGCCGGCGACGCCGACGUCGUCGCCCGCUUCCUCGAGCUGGGUGGCCCCGCCGUCAACGUCAACAUCCGCACCGACGACGACAAGAACCCGACCAGGAAGCAGACGGUCCUCCACGCAGCCGUCUCCCGCCGCCGCCGCGCCGUCGUCCGCCUCCUCGUGCGCUCGCGCCCGGACCUCGACGUCAACGCCCGCGACGGCGCCGGCGACGGCGCCCUGGCCCUCGCCGUGCGCAUGGAGGACGUCUCCAUGGCGGCCGUCCUGCUCGAGCGCCGCGACCUCGACGUCAACGCGCGUCGACAAGGUGGCGAUGGCGCCAGCUGCUACGGCCCCCUGCUGGCCGCCGUGUCGACGGGCAACGAGGCGCUGGUGCGCGAGCUGCUCAAGCGGCCUGAUUUGGAUGUCAAUGCCCGCGGCGAGCACUGGCGCUCGCCGCUGUCCAUCGCCGUCGGUCUGGGCAAUGUUGCUGUCGUGCGCCUGCUCGUCGGCCUCCGGCCCGAUUUGGAUGUUAAUGCGCGGGAUGUCGAUGGCUGCACGGCGCUGAUGGAUGCGGUGGCGAGUGGGAGGGAGGAUAUCGUGGCGGCGCUGCUGGGAAGGGCGGACGUUGAUGUGCUUUCGAGCCAUUCGGUGUUGAUGUCGAUGGCGCAGGAGAGCCGGAGCGAGGGGGUUGUGAGGUUGUUGAGGGAGAGAUACCAUCGUGGGUUUUGA